AUGUCUGCCGACCGUUCCCAAGUUUUCGGUGUUGCCCGUAUCUACGCUUCGUUCAACGAUACCUUCGUUCACGUCACCGAUCUCUCCGGUAAGGAGACCAUCUCCAGAGUCACUGGUGGUAUGAAGGUCAAGGCCGACAGAGACGAGUCCUCUCCAUACGCCGCCAUGUUGGCUGCCCAGGACGUCGCCGCCAAGUGUAAGGAGGUUGGCAUCACCGCUGUCCACGUGAAGAUCAGAGCCACCGGUGGUACCAAGACCAAGACCCCAGGUCCUGGUGGUCAGUCUGCCUUGAGAGCUCUUGCCAGAUCUGGUUUGAGAAUUGGCAGAAUCGAGGACGUCACUCCAGUGCCUUCCGACUCCACCAGAAGAAAGGGUGGUAGAAGAGGUAGAAGAUUGUAA